UAAAUUUUCGUUUUCACAUUGAAAAUGAAAAUGAGAUAUUCAAACUACAUAAACACUUAGUUUCCUUGUUGAGAGGGCCCCAUUGCCAUGCCUCGGUGAAUACGUGAUAUGGCCCUACUGCUGUUGUUGCCGGGGUUGCUGAGUUGCACCCCCUUCGCAUCACCCCAAAUAACAACGUCCCCAUUGUUUUCGCCGCUCGUCUUCGUCUCAGAAAUUUGUUAUUACAACAAUAUCAACAUUGAAACCCUCGAACAGGAACUAAACAUGACUUUACUUCCAACAAAAGAUAUUUGCGGAAAUCGUCGUUAUAUACUAGAAACCAUUUCCCAAUCUUCCGUACCUGUGAUAGCAUCUUUAGAAGCUGAACUAUGCUCGAAAGCUCGUAUUUUAUCGAAAUUUCAUAACAUUACUUUGAGAACGUGGAAUUGUCCACAGAAAAAUCGUGAAGAUUUAAGCAACAGCGGUCCUUCUAUGCAAGACAUCGCGAAAUCUUUAAGUUUAAUUGCUAGAAGCAUGAAGUGGAAAAGUAUUGCAAUUAUAUCUAGUGAUAUAGGUUGGUGGCCAACAUUAUCACAAAAUCUAGAUAUUGAACUUCGAACCGUUGGUAUUAUCCCAAAAUUAUUUUUUGUAUUCUCCAAAGAAAAUGGUUUAAAGCAAAUCGUCGAAAAACUCGGAUUGCUUCACAAAAAUAUUUGCAGAGUGAUUAUUAUUUGUAUGCCACCGGAUAAAACCGGAACAAGAAUUCUUCGCACGUUAGAUGAUCUCCAAAUCGCAGCGAUUUAUAAUACUCUUACGAUAUUAAUCGAUAUUUCUUCUUUACCUUCUUGGACGAUGUUUUUUCGAGAUCAAACGAUUAAUAACAUCACAAAUAACCAAAAAAAUAGAACUAAUAUUAUCGAAAAAUAUCACCAUCAAAAUCAAAUAUCAACGUUUACAAAGAAAUACGUAUUAAUUCUAUCAGAAGAAAGCUCAGUCGAUAAUAACGAUAGUUUUUAUAACGAUUUAGAAUCGACGCUUCAAAAGAAUAUAAAAAGAUCGCUAAACUUAUCGAACACGAUCGUGAAAUUAGUCCUUUCCGAUUUAAAAGAUGAUGAAAUUUUAAGACCGUUAUUGAGCAUUUCAAGAGAUGAGUUUGGAACGUUUCGUAAAAAAGAACGGUUUGAAAACUUGGAAGAGUGGCGAUUAAAACACGCGGAUACCGAAGAUUGCGAUAAUUGCGAAACGCGUUUAACCCAACUUCUUAGUGUUUUAGCGGUUUUUGGGUUUUGCAGCGUCUCCAUCGCUCUAGUUUUUGGAGUUGUUAUUGUCGCUCGAAAUCAAUUGAUCAAAAAGAGAGUUUCAAAGGGAACUUAUAAAGUUCUUUUAACCGCAACUGAUUUUGUUUUUCCACAAUUAGCCGAUAGCAGAAGGGUUGAUGAAGGUAUCGAAGCAAUGUUAUGUUGUUGGUUACAACAACUACAGGAAUUCGGUGGCCCUGAAGUUGAUAAGCCGGACUUAUUACAAGGAUCUGGUGCUGGUGGAGGAGCCGGUGGAAAUGCCAGGACACCACUAAGGGGAGGAUCAAGUCCGAGUCUUGCAAAACAAUUAAUUGUCGAUCCCAGGGUCAGAUACAACGGUGAUUUAGUUCAAAUGAAACCCGUCGGUUUUAACACAAACAGUGUUGAAUUGAAAGGUAAAACGGUCGAGUUGUUAGUCGUACUUCAUGGAUUACGCCAUGAAAACCUAAACCCACUCAUCGGAUGCCUUGCGGAACCUCCUCGAGCUGCCCUUGUCUCUGAAUAUUGCGCCCGAGGAUCGUUACAGGAUGUUCUCCAACAGGAUGAUAUCAAAUUAGAUUGGUCGUUUCGUUUAAGUUUGUUAACUGAUUUAGUUAGGGGAAUGAAAUAUCUUCAUUCGACGCCGAUAAGAAUUCACGGAUAUUUGACGUCGAGAAAUUGUGUAAUAGAUGCCAGGUGGGUCCUAAAAGUAACCGAUUAUGGAAUGCCGGCGUUUUACGAAUCUCAGGGGAUUACACCGCCGCAGAAAAACGCUAAGGAACUUCUUUGGACUGCGCCGGAAUUACUUCGUCAUAGCAGUUUAAGAAAAAAGGGAACGCAACCUGGGGACGUUUACUCUUUUGGAAUAAUCCUUCAAGAGGUGGUGGUUCGUGGGGAACCCUUUUGUAUGUUAUCGCUCGGGCCUGAAGAGAUAAUAGAAAAAGUGAAAAAACCGCCACCGUUAAUAAGACCGUCGGUGAGUAAAGGAGCGGCCCCACCGGAAGCAAUUAAUAUCAUGAGGCAAUGUUGGGCUGAACAAGCAGACAUGCGACCUGAUUUUAAUACAGUACAUGAUCAGUUUAAAAAGUUAAAUCAUGGCCGAAAAGUGAACAUAGUUGACACGAUGUUUCAAAUGUUGGAGAAAUAUUCGAAUAAUUUGGAGGAGUUAAUUAGGGAAAGAACGGAACAAUUAGAUGUGGAAAAGAAGAAAACCGAACAGUUAUUAAACAGGAUGUUACCAAGUUCUGUAGCUGAAAAAUUAAAACUGGGCCAACCUGUUGACCCCGAAGAAUUCGAAGAAGUAACAAUUUACUUUUCUGACAUCGUUGGGUUUACUACAAUUUCCGCUCACUCGACUCCAUUUCAAGUGGUCGAUCUUCUUAAUGACUUAUACACUUGUUUCGACGCCACGAUAAAUGCUUAUAACGUUUAUAAAGUUGAAACGAUUGGUGAUGCUUAUAUGGUCGUUGGUGGACUUCCUGUUAGAGUACCAGAUCAUGCAGAACAAGUAGCAACGAUGGCUUUAGAUCUGCUUCAUCAAAGUGGAAAAUUUUGUAUAAGACAUUUACCGGGAACUCCUUUACGUUUAAGAAUCGGUCUUCAUACGGGUCCGUGUUGUGCUGGAGUCGUUGGAUUGACGAUGCCCAGGUACUGUUUGUUUGGCGAUACGGUUAACACGGCGUCCAGAAUGGAAUCGGCAGGUGCCGCUUGGAGAAUACAUCUAUCGGAAACUACAAAAGAACGAUUGGAAAAAGCCGGAGGUUAUAACAUCGAAUAUAGGGGGGCAACGGAAAUUAAAGGAAAGGGUGUUAUGGAUACUUAUUGGUUAUUGGGAAAAUCGGGAUUUGUGAAAGUUUUACCGACGCCUCCACCAAUUGAGGAAAGUCAUGGUUUAGAUGAAAGUUUAGUAAUAUGCGACAACUCCCUCCUAAUCCAAAAAGAAGAUCAACACUUCCAAGAAAUAGUACCAAAAUCGCCCCACAUAGAAGUCCAAGACCCAACAUUUAUGAAAACAAUGGAAUUUUCAAAAUUCCAAUCAUCAACGAAACCGACUCAAGAAGAAAUUCAUCAUCACAUGGUGAAAAGUACUUCGAGUGAUACCGCCAUGUCUUUGGGAACUCCAGUUUCGGCAAGUGAAGUGGCCGCAGCACUUUUAGGGGCAUCGACAAGUUCUUUGUGUGGAUUUCGUCGUCAUAAACGAAUCGAGGAAGAAGAUUUAAGUACACCUUAUAAUCACUAUAAAUGUUUGAGUCCUAAAGAUCGCGUUGGAAAAUUGUUAAGGAGACAGUUUAGUUUGGAUAGAACGGAAGAAAUUAAUAACGAAGGGAGUCAAAAUAUUAGUCCAAGAUUGUGUAAGCAAAAUUCCGCUGGCGCUGCGGAUUUAGAUAAAAUAGAGGAGGCGUCUCCGAGAGGUCUUUCUUUAAGUCCACCAUCGGUUGUUGCUACUCUUCAUGGUACACUUUCGAUUUCUGUAGAUUCGUUAAUUCAUUGAAAAAGAUUAUUUUGAAUUUAAAUUAAAAAUGAAAUAAUCGAUGGAUUCCUUUUUUUGAUAAUAGACAAUCACUUUUUAGUGUUGGGGCGUCCUCUUUUGUACGGUAGAGGAACGAAAAGUUCCUAAUAAAGAAAACUUUAAAAUAGACAAUCUGUAUAUUGUAUAGGUUUUAAUCGAUUUUAAAAAAUAACAAAGAAAAUUAAAAAAUACGUAUUACCAAAAAUUUUUUUUAUUGUUUUUAAAUACAUCUCUAAUAAUUCCAUAUAAACCAACAUAUCAACCGUGUUAAAAAAAUAAACUUGUUAAACAAUAUUAAAUAAUAAGAUAUCA